CUUUACUCGAGCUCGCUGUGUUACACAACAAGUUCCAGCUGCAGGGGCGAUGGUGAUGGCAAUGGUGAAGGUGCCGCGUGUCUCCUUUGGGUCCCAACUGAAGAGGAGCUACUCCCCCUUCAACGUCCAAGGCUUCUACCACGAGUGGACAAGCGUCUGCCACAACGUCGUCUAAUGCAUCAAGAAAAUCUCCAAUUAAGAAUGAGAAGAAAGCGAAAAAGGCACUCACUGCUACAGACAGCACGGAGGCGCAGCUCAAACAAAUAGAGAGCAUGAUGAACAUGGCAAACACGUCGAACCUGUUUCCAACCAUGGAUAUGUGGGGUACUAAGUUAGUGACUCUCGACGUAGAAAUACCACGCGACGCUUCACUGCGUAUGCUUUUCACAAACCCAGGCGCGUUUUGGCAUGCAAAACAGCACAAUUUCUCCAAUUGGUUGAAGAACACGUUCAGCAUGUAUACCAUCGCCAAAGCUCGAGCUUUUACGGGAAUAAAUCAUGAUUUUCGAUUUAGUCACUUAUUCCUACCACGCACAUGGCGUCAACUGGGCAGCGUAACCUCACAUUCUUCAGCAUCCUGGUUAGCACCAAUACGACGCAUUGCAAUGGAUAACUAUCUGGCUAUAGGCCGUGCCAUAGCUGACAAGGAUGAAGCCACUCUGAAGGCGCUGACAACAGCCGACCAUGCCACCAAGGUGAACAAGAUUGUUCGCACUCGUAAACCUGGCGAAGUUUGGCAAUGGAAGGUUCUAAGCGAUGUUUCAGACACAGCCCUAUUCCAAGAGAAAAGCUUAUUCCGUCCACUUGCAAUAUCACCAGGAGCUACCAUCGUAUCCAUCCGUUCCGGUGAGGUUUAUGUUGCGAAGGAACCCCCGAAGCGCGGCAACCGACUAGUGAUACAUGCACUAGUCAAGUUCGAGACUGCGCAGGAACUCAAGGUGUUUACCAAGCAGGGCCAGCCAGUUGAUGCUAAAUCUACAGAACCUCAUAAUGUCGUGGAAUAUCUCGUGCUCGAGAAAGUGGGUUGGUAUGACAAUACGUGGCAGGUGCGGGACCAGAUCUACAAGUAAACGGGUGCUGGAUGACGGAUGUAAUGGGAGUUUGUGAUUAGAUCUCUGUCA